UGUGUUGGUAUGAGAUGAGCAGACGACAUCCUGCACGUGACACUCUCACCAGACGACUACGCCGUGAGUGAUUGUUGAUGUUUCUGUGAUAUACGAACUGUAGGAUUGUACACCGGACAUGCCGCGGGACGUCGUCACCAGGCUGGACAGACGCCAUUGUAGAGGCCAGUGGCAGAUCUAAAGAGCAGAGAGUUGCGAUUUAUUGAGAAAUCAAGGGGAGAUUUGUGACAGCAUCAAGAGAUCAGUAACCCUAAUACUAAGGUCAUUCCCGCGAGACACAGUAGACGGUUCCAAUACAGGUACUCUGACCAAAGAUGUGGAUCAACCCUGUUGCUAUAGCAGCCUUUGUCCUGACCUUGGUGGCCACCGUGUUGGUGGAUCUGGCCAUGUUCCUGCCCUACUGGUGGCGGGUCACCAGCGCCCGGGGAACCUACAUCAACUACGGUCUGUGGACAAAGUCCCAGUGUGGAGAGGAUGGGAGCUGCGUCCUGUCUGUCACAUACGAGAUUGAAGGCGGUAAAGAGUUUCUUUUCAUCAGCAAGAUAUUCAUGACAUUUGCCGUGGUGCUGACGCAGGUCGCCUUAAUACUGCACAUAAUCUAUGUCCCCAUAAGGAAGGUCGUGGUCAGAUCCAUUGCCAUCUACUGUCUGGGAGCAGCAGGUCUGUUUGUCCUCCUUGCCUUCACCAUCUUCCUCGGUAAGCAUCAGGUACUUGUGGAGAGGAGCAAGGAGUUUGCGGUGGGUUGGUCAAUUUGUCCGGCUGUCCUGGGGUGUGUUAUCUCCCUCGUAGCAUCAGGUCUCACAGCACUGGCGUCCAUCAAGAAGGCCAAACGUCACGAAGACGAGGAAAGAUUAGCCGGAGUUGUUUAGUAGCAUUAUCGUUACUUCUUGGUUUACGACAAUAUGUUCAGUAGACCAGUGGAUGUAUCGUGACUUCCUGGUUUACGACAAUAUGUUCAGUAGACCAGUGGAUGUAUCGUGACUUCCUGGUUUACGACAAUAUGUUCAGUAGACCAGUGGAUGUAUCGUUACUUCUUGGUUUACGAUAAUAUGUUCAGUAGACCAGUGGAUGUAUCGUCACUUCCUGGUUUACGACAAUAUGUUCAGUAGACCAGUGGAUGUAUCGUUACUUCCUGGUUUACGAUAAUAUGUUCAGUAGA